AUGUUUGCGGCUCGCCGAGCGUUGUUUGGUUUGGCGGGUGGGUUCGCAAUUACGGACAUGUACGUAAAUUCAGUAUCCCUUUCAGAUCUCCACACAGCGCCGCCACUGCGAUCGAGUCCGGCUGGUGGAGACUCCGUAGGCGAUAUCGCGAAACGGGUGAGUGACAUCUUUUUCCCGCCGCCACUGCCACCGCCACUUAUAUCCCUGCGGGAGGACAUUGAGUCUACGCUGCGUCAGAACCGUAUUGCUGGCACUCUGUGCAUCUGCACGUUGGUCGCGUUCGGUGGGCUAUGGCCGGUGCUUGGGUCGGCUGCCGCCAUCCUCUUCGACGGGGAGGAUGGUACUGAGCGUUACACAGCCGUGAAGGACUGGCUGCAGGAUUGA